GGUUCGCUGUCAAAGCCGCUGCUGCAAAGAGGGCAGUGACCGUGUUUUUGCAGAUAUCUAUCGUUUCUCGGGUUAAGUGGGAGCUGUGGCAUAAUAAAAUACAUUUUCGCCUGUGAAGUGAAGCAACCUGCCUCUCCACAAAUGCAAGCUAUUAAAUGCGUGGUUGUCGGCGACGGGGCGGUGGGUAAAACCUGUCUGCUGAUCAGCUACACCACAAAUGCCUUCCCUGGCGAGUACAUCCCUACAGUAUUUGACAACUACUCUGCCAAUGUGAUGGUCGAUGGCAAACCGGUCAACCUUGGCUUAUGGGAUACAGCAGGACAGGAAGACUAUGAUCGCCUCCGUCCCCUCUCGUACCCACAGACGGAUGUGUUUUUAAUAUGCUUCUCAUUGGUGAGCCCAGCAUCUUUUGAGAACGUCCGUGCAAAGUGGUACCCCGAGGUGCGACAUCACUGCCCCAACACACCCAUCAUCCUGGUGGGCACCAAACUGGAUCUGCGAGAUGAUAAGGACACCAUAGAGAGGCUGCGGGACAAAAAGCUGUCGCCCAUCACCUACCCUCAGGGUCUGGCCAUGGCCCGAGAGAUCGGUGCUGUGAAGUAUCUGGAAUGCUCUGCUCUGACUCAGCGCGGUCUAAAGACUGUAUUUGACGAGGCCAUCCGUGCCGUCCUCUGCCCUCCACCCGUCAAAAAACGCGGCAAGCGCUGCACUCUCUUCUGAGUAAACGCCACAACAAUUCCUGGCACUCCACACAAAGCUACAAUAUUUUUAAUCAGCCUCUUGGAAAAUAUAUUGUACUACUCUCACAGGUUCGGUGACAGCCGUCCAUCAAGUUCUAAUGCACAUUACAUGAAUAUGAACCAUUGGCUAGACGCGUCCAGUCGGAGGGAAACCUUGUGGUAGAUGGCGUUUGUUUUUUCGCGGCCUCACACGCCCAGAGACGUAAUAUUCCAUUUCAAAUCGCUUAUAUGAGAAGUUUUAGUGGUACAGUGUAAUUGUUGACAUACUGUAAGGAUGUGUUUCUUGGUGUUGUAAAGGAAGCGUGUCAAAGAAAGGGGAAAGUGCUGUCUUGUAUAAAGCUAACCAUUCGCAGUAUUAGCAUUGCCGACGGCGUUAAAGUCAACGUGAAACGACAUUCGUGACACAUUUUACAUUCGCAAUGAGUAAAACAG